AUGGAAAUCCCGAGGCUGCUCCCGGCUCGCGGGACGCGACAGGGCGGCGGCGCUGGCAGCCCCGCGGGCGGCGGCCGAGUCCACGGAGGCCCUGACCCGCGGGCUGGCCAGGCCCCCGCGCGCCGCCUCCUGCUGCUCCGGGGCCCCCAAGAUGGCGGGCCCGGGCGGCGGCGCGAGGAGGCCCGCGCGGCCUCACGGGGCCCGGGCUCCGGCCCGAGCCCUUUGGCGCCGAGGCCCGAUCAGCCUGGCGGCGGCGGCGGCGGCGGCGGCGGCGGCAGCGGCGGCGGCGGCGGCGGCGACUUCUUCCUGGUGCUGCUGGACCCGGUGGGUGGCGACGUGGAGACCCCGGGUGCUGGCCAGGCCGCAGGGCCCGUGUGGAGGGAAGAGGCCGAACCCAGCCCAGGGCUCCAGGGGGGCGAGAGCGGCGCGAACCCCGCGGGCCGCCCUGCGCCAGGCCCCCGCUGCCUGUCCGCGCUUCCUGCUCCGGCCCCGUCCUCGGUCCCUGCCCCAGGCCUGGGCCCCGCCGCGGCCUUCGCGGGCACCGUGACCAUCCACAACCAAAACCUGCUGCUGCGCUUCGAGAACGGCGUCCUGACCCUGGCCACGCCCCCGCCGCCAGCCUGGGAGCCUGGGGUCGCGCCUGCCCCGCAGCCCGGGGGUCUGGUCGCCCCGCAAGCGGGGGUCCCGCACGCCGCGCAGCCGGGCGACUGCCCGGAGCUGCCGCCGGACCUCCUGCUGGCCGAGCCGGCGGAACCCGCGCCCGCCCCUGCGCCCGAGGAGGAGGCGGAGGGCCCGGCCGCCGCCGAGAGCCCCCGCGGGCCGCUGGGCCCGGGCUCCGGCAUGGUGCUGUACCUGUGUCCAGAGGCGCAGUGCGGGCAAACCUUCGCCAAGAAGCACCAGCUAAAGGUGCACCUGCUGACGCAUAGCAGCAGCCAGGGCCAGAGGCCCUUCAAGUGCCCCCUGGGCGGCUGCGGCUGGACAUUCACCACCUCCUACAAGCUCAAGAGGCACUUGCAGUCGCACGACAAACUGCGGCCCUUCGGCUGCCCGGCGGAGGGCUGUGGUAAGAGCUUCACCACCGUGUACAACCUCAAGGCGCACAUGAAGGGCCACGAGCAGGAGAACUCGUUCAAAUGUGAGGUGUGCGAAGACAGCUUCCCCACGCAGGCCAAGCUCAGCGCCCACCAGCGCAGCCACUUCGAGCCCGAGAGGCCCUACCAGUGCGCCUUUUCCGGCUGCAAGAAGACGUUUAUCACGGUGAGUGCUCUGUUUUCCCAUAACCGCGCCCACUUCAGGGAACAGGAACUCUUUUCCUGCUCCUUUCCUGGCUGCAGCAAACAGUACGACAAGGCUUGUCGGCUGAAAAUCCACCUGCGGAGCCACACAGGCGAGAGACCUUUCCUUUGUGACUUUGACGGCUGUGGCUGGAACUUCACCAGCAUGUCCAAACUGUUAAGGCACAAAAGGAAGCACGACGACGACCGGAGGUUCAUGUGCCCUGUGGAAGGCUGUGGGAAAUCUUUCACGAGGGCCGAGCAUCUGAAAGGCCACAGCAUAACCCACCUGGGCACAAAGCCUUUUGUGUGCCCCGUGGAAGGCUGCUGUGCCAGGUUCUCUGCUCGCAGCAGCCUCUACAUUCACUCCAAGAAACACUUGCAGGAUGUGGACACCUGGAAAAGCCGCUGCCCAGUCUCCACCUGUAAUAAACUCUUCACGUCCAAGCACAGCAUGAAGACCCACAUGGCCAAAAGGCACAACCUCGGCCAGGAUCUCUUAGCUCAGCUAGAAGCUGCAAAUUCUCUUACACCCAGCAGUGAACUUACCAGCCAGGGACAGAGUGAUCUCAGUGAUGCAGAGCUAGUGUCUCUCUUCUCUGAUGUGCCUGGUAAUAGUUCUGCUGCAGUGCUGGACACGGCAUUGGUGAACUCUGGAAUCUUGACUAUUGACGUGGCUUCUGUGAGCUCCACUCUGGCUGGGAACCUCCCUGCUAACAAUAAUAAUUCCUUAGGGCAGGCUGUGGACCCACGGGCCUUGAUGGCCACCACUGACCUUCCUCAAAGUCUGGAUACCUCUCUCUUUUUUGGAACGACAGCCACCGGCUUUCAGCAGAGCCCCUUAGAUAUGGAUGACGUUGCCAGUCCAAGUGGGGGGCCAUUGGGAUCUCUGGACUCUUUGGCUAUGAAAAACUCCAGUCAAGAGCCCCAAGCUUUGACCCCCAGCAGUAAGCUAACUGUGGACACAGAUGCGCUGACUCCGUCAAGCACCCUUUGUGAGAACAGUGUCUCAGAACUACUGACGCCAACCAAAGCAGAAUGGAACGUACAUCCUGACUCUGACUUCUUUGGACAGGAGGAAGAAACCCAGUUUGGAUUCUCCAACCCAGCAGGAAACCAUGGCUGUCAGAAAGAAACAGAUCUUAUCACAGUGACUGGCAGCUCGUUUUUGGUAUGAACUAACUAUUCAUUCCUCGCCUCAUGGCUUACGUUUAUUAAUUACACUCAUUUUCAAGGAUGUCCUGGACUAAAUGUGUAACUGCAGUCAAUUUUUUACAGGUUUGAGAAAGAACAGAGCCCCAGGCUACAAGUUUGGAGGUUUAAAUUCUGACCUUGAGUCUGGAACUGACGAGUUGUGUGACCCUGAGCAAGUCACCUAACCUAUCUGAGCCUUAAUGUUCUUAUUUAUAAAAU